AUGGAGGCGGCGGAUGCAGCAGAAGGCAGCAGCAUCUGCAGCAGCACCUGCAGCAACAGCUGCAGCAGCAACUGCAGCAGCAGCAGCAAAUCUUCUUUCUGCUUCCGGGUUCUAUCCAGCGAGCUUCUUGCUGCAGCAAAGGGCCUCAUUCCUCUGUCUUUGUCUGCUGCAUGCGCAGUGUGGGGCCCUGCUUCUGCUGCAGUGAUAGAAGCUUACCGCCUAGCGAAGGAAGCAGCAGAGCAGCAGCAGCAGCAGCAACAGCAGCAGCAGCAGCAAGUGCAUGCGAUGACAGCAGCAGCAGCAGCAAUCAAUGCGGCAUUGGCUCGGGCGAAGCAACAGCAACUGCAGCAACAAGGUGUCUCUGACCCGGAGCAGCAGCAGCAGCUGCUGCAGCAGCAGCAACAGGUGACGCUUGCUGCUGUCAGCAGAACAACAAGAAACCAUGGAGGCUGCUGCCUGUACACCCCAGAGGUGCUGCGGGAGCUGCUGCGCUGCGGAUACACCGCAACAGCGCGCUGGCUGCUGCUGGUGCUGCUGCGGUGUCUCCUAGCUGUGGGGCUAUCCCCCCGCAUGAAGCAGCAGCAGCAGCACCAGCAGCAGCAGCAGCUGCUGCUGCAGCAGGGCCGAGCAGCAGAAACAACAUCAUUCGAAUUCUCCUUCAGCCUCGAGUCCUUUGGCCAGGACCUCACGCCCCGGGAAUCAGCAGCAGCAGCAGCAGCAGCAGCAGCAGCAGCGGGAGACUCUCGCUGCUGCGCUGUAUGCGGAGCCGUCAUCCCUGCAGCAGCAACAACAUCAACAGCAGCAGCAGCAGCAGCAGCAGCAGCAGCAGUUUGCGCUGAGUGUGAGCCAAAGACAGGCUGCGAGCUAGCGCAGCUGCUGCAGCAGACAAUGGCAGCAGCAGCAUGCCUGCUGACGGAUCUGCUGGCGCAGCAGCAAGCAGCAGAACAUCAGCAGCAAAUAACACAGCAUCAUGAUCUCACUGCAGCAGAGCAGCAGCGGCUGCUGCAGCAACGCCGCUGCUGGCCUAAGAGUGCUGCGGUGUAUGUACACUGGGCUCGGCGCUGCCUCCCUGCAAGCAUGCAUCCAUCCGCUGCUGUUGCUGCUGCUGCUGCUGCUGCUGCUGCAGGCUUCAAAGAGAGCCAAGCAGGUGCUGCUGCUGGCGCUGGGGGCAUGAGCCCCUGGCAGCAGCAGCAGCAGCAAGAGCAGCAGCAGCAGCAGCUGCUGCAGCAUGGGAGUUGGGUGGAUACUUUUGGUGGGGGUUUAGGGCUCUCAGCAGCAGCAACAGGAGCAGCAGCAGCAGCAGCAUCAGCAGCAGCAGAAGAACGUUCUGCUGCUUUCUGUCUCUUUGGCUCGCCAGAGAAAACUUCAGCUGAUGAGGACCCCUUCGACGUUAAGGAGCUGCUGGGGUUCACAAGUCCAGCAAAGGAAGCAGCAGCAGCAGCAGCAGCAGCAGCAACAGCAGCACCAGCAGCAGCAGCAGCAGGGGAGGGGGAGGCGGCAGCAAACGAGGCAGCAGCAAAGCAGACAGCAGCAGCUUCGCAGCAGGUAGCAGCUCAGCAUACACCCGCAGAUGCACCGUUAGCAGCAGCAGCAGCAGCAGCAGGUGGUGGUGCUGCAGCAGCAGCAGCAAACGUGCAAGCAGCAGCAGAACCAAUACUAACACCCGCUGCUGCUGUAGCCCUUCUUAUGAGCCCCGUUCGAGCUUCUAUAUGUGAUGAAGAAUACCAGCUGCUGCUGCAGCUGCUGCUGCUGCCUCUCCCUGGGUUGGCGUUGUCUCCGCAGCAGCUGCUGCUGCUGCGCUGCCUCAUCCGCGCGCUGCAGCAGCUCGAUCAGCAGCAGACGGGGGGUUCAAGAGCAGCAGCUGCAGCAGCAGGGCUUGCUGCAGACUUUCCUGCUGCUGCUGCUACUGCAGCAGCUGCUGCUGCGGAUGUUGCUGCUGCAGCAAGACUGUGUUCAACGGAAGCAGAGCACCAGCAAAGCGACGCCGAAGCUGCUGCAGCAGCAGCAGCAGCAGCAGCAGGAGAAAGCAGCUCACUCAGCUGCAGCACGGACAGCAGCCGCCAGCGCUUCUACACAGCAUUGCUAGUGUUGCGGGAGGCGGAGAUAGCUGUGGCUGAGCAGCAGCAGCAGCUGCUGCAGCAGCAGGAGCAGCAGCAGCAGGAGCAGCAGCAAGCGAAGGUUGCAUCUUCUUCUUCUUCUUCCUUCUCCAGCAGUUCUAGUUCGCUGUUGCGGCCUGCUGCUGCUGCGGCUCCUGCAGCUGCUGCUGCUGCUGCUGCUGCAGUGCCUGCAGCAGCACUUCUCAGCAGCGAAGACAUAUGCUGGUGUCUUCAUGCUGCUGCUGAGGAGGACCUGCUGCAUCAGGUGGUGCAGCAGGCGCGCGCAGCACACCCAGAGGGCCGCCUCGUCUGGCCGCUCCUCCGCCUGCGCGGGGUUGGCUUCUGGCUGCGCAGCCCUUCUACCGUCCGCCAGCUGUGCGAGCUGCUGCUGCGGGAUGCAGUGAGUGCAGCAGCAGCAGAGCAGCAGCAGCAGCAGGGAACGCUGAACCUCAAGGGGCCGCCAGAGAGUUCGAGUCCUUUCAUAUCUGUACGCAGCAGCACUGCUGCUGCUGCUGCUGGGGUUCAGCAGCAGCACGGAGCUGCACCGUCUGGAGCAGCAGCAGCAGCAGCAGCAGCAGGAACAACAGCAGCAAGUGCUGCUGAUCUCGUUGCCUUGUGGGCAGCAAUCAGCGGCAAGAAGGGCCUCAUCGUGGCCUCACUAAAGGCUCAGGGGAAUACAAAGGCAGCAACAUUUUUGUUGUCUGAUUCAGCUGACGUUCGGUGGCGAGCAGCAGCAGAACGAAAUGCCUUUCAUCUGCUGGCGCAGCGGCGCUGCUAUUUGUCUUUGGCGUUUUUCUCUCUCGCAGGCAGCUACAGAGAGGUUGCUGAUGUUUGCUGCAGGGUGCUGUCAGACACGCAGCUAGCCCUCUUUCUCUGCAGAGUUGGCGCUGCUGUCUCCUCCCCUGAGUCUCCUCCCUUAGGAAUGGACUCGCAGCCAUGGGGCCUGCAGGAGCAGCAGCAGCAGCAGCAGCAGCAGCAGCAGCAGCGGCAGCAGCAGCGGCAGCAGCCUGGUGCUAUGGGUGCGGGAGCAGGGAAGCUAGAAGGCAGAGGAGCAGCGCCGGCUCCAACUGUUUCUGCAGCUUCUGCUGCUGCUGCUGCUCCUGCUGCUGCUGCUGCUGCUGCGGAGACAGCAGAAAUGCGGGGGGGUCUUCCCCCUUCGCCUCUGUCGUUUGAUGGCUCUGCUGCAGCAGAAUACAGCAGGGUGCUGCUGCAGCGGCUGCUGCCGCAAGCAGCAGCAGCAGGAGAUAUAUGGCUGCGUUUCUGCUGCUACUGGUUAGCAGGCCACUACACCCAGGCCUUCGAGGCUCUGCUGCCUCCCUAUUCAGGCGCGCAGCAGCAGCAGCAGCAGCAGCAGCAACAGCAGCAGCAGCAGCAGCAGCAGCAGCAGCACAAUGAAGUGCUGCCCUUCAACCCGCGCAUGUAUUUGCAGGGCAGCUAUCAGCACCAGCUGGGGAGGCCUUUGGGGGGCGGUGCGGUGGAGGGUACAGCAGCAGCAGCAGCAGCAGCAACAGCAGCAGCAGCAGCAGCAGCAGCAACAGGCGAUGAAGGAGUGUAUGAAGGGGGCUGCUGGAGGGUCUCUCUGCCUUCUCUGUCUCUUUCUCUAUUCAGAGCCGCCAUAAGACAAACCCUCCCAGUACGCCGCGCCCAGCAGAAACACAAAGAAAAACACCUGCAGCAGCAGCGCCAGCAGCAGCUGCAGCAGAAGCAGCAGCAGCAGCAGGAGUCCCUCCUGGAGUCUUUCUAUGGGGCUGAAGACAAGAGCAGUCGGACGAGAUACAGCCGAAGCAGCAGCAGCAGCAGCAGCAGCAGCAGCAGCAUGCGCGCAGCAGCUGCUGCCUGA